AUGGAGCCACAGAUGGAGAAGCCCUUCGCCAGCUUGGUGGAUGCUGAAACCACGGAUCAGACCUUGCCCAGUGAAAGGGCGCUGACGCAAACGGAUGUCACUGCAUAUAUGGAAUUUAAGCAGAGCGGCUUCCAAGAGGAAGCCGAUUGGGAUCGAACCUUACUGGGCGAUGGCGAGGACAGCAGUGAAGCGGAUUCUGAUCAGGAGGAGGUGCAUGGAGCCCACGGGAUGUGGGAUGAUGGAGAGGUGGCCGCAGAACAAGAUCCACUUUCAACCAUCCCAGGGGCCACAUCAUCCACCACUCUGCGUGCCACUGCGCAAGCGUGUCAGAGGGGGUUGGUGGCCAAGAAAAUUGAUUCCUCCAAUAAUUUCGAUUUUUUUUUCGACCUUCGCCUGCACAAUCGACAGAAAGAUCGGAGAGGCAUUGCCCAUUUCUCUGUCGGAGGUGUGGUCGGGAGCCAACUGCCACGGAUCUGUGUGGCACCCAAUUCUACCCAUCUUUGGAUUUUCAUCCGCCACGGUCACUUCCGAGCAAAACUGGCCACAAGGGCAAUUCCGCUCAACAAAACUGUGAAGGUCAGAUUCAGGCUGUUGCAAAAGAAGAUCACUGUGGACAUUGACAACCGCAUUGAAGGCAUCCUGGAGGCCGAGGGUUUGCACAUUCCAGUCCCGGCCAAAUUUUUUGCAUACUUCAAUGGUCCUGGCGACAAAGCAGCUGAUGCCACAGUCAGUGGUGCAGUGUAUCGUUGGCGACACUUUGCAUUGCGCCCCAGGGUGCAGGCGACAACGAUCUUUGAGCUUCCGCCCGAUGAGAUUCAGCUGAUGCGAGAGGUGACCAACGAAAUCCAAAAGGCCCGGAGGUGGGCGACCUUCGAUGCCAUUUUUGGCUUGGUUGUUCUGGUGAAUGCCAUCGCCAUGGGCGUGCGAAUUGACUGUCAGUGUGGGUCCGAUUUGCUGUGGCAGGUGCUUGACAACAUUUUUUUGAUAGCCUUCAUUAUUGAGUUUUGCCUCCGAGCAGCCAUCAGUGGCAUCCGACACUUUGGCAUCAUGCUACUGAGCGACAGUUGGAUCCAAUUUGACUUUUUGGUCGUGUGCUUAAGCAUCGUAGACACUUGGGUUCUUGGCGGCGUCGGCAGUGGUGGCGUCUAUACCCUCGCCCGGCUGUACCGCCUACUGAAGCUGGUGAAGAUGGUACGUGUGCUGCGGGCCUUCCGUCAAUUGGCCAUGUUGGUUGAGGGCAUCUUGAGCUCCUUACAGACCUUGUUCUGGGCCGUGCUGCUGCUGGGCAUGACCAUCUUCAUCCUGAGCGUCCUUCUGGUGACCAUGUCCCAAUGGAACCUGGCGGCCACCACUGCAAUCCUCCCAGACUUCACCACUUUGCCAUCUGCCAUGUGGACGCUGAUCCAGGUUGCUACCUUUGAUCGAUGGGUUACCAUUGCCAGGACUGCGGCGUUUGAUUUGGGUGAGGCUCAUGGAACAGCGAUAGCUGUGGUCAUCCUGUUGAGUGCUUGCAUCACCGGCUUGGGUUUGAUGAAUUUGGUGGUGGGAAUUCUUUGCAACACAGCUUUCAAGUUGGAAGCGCGGCAAAGUCGAACUCAGGGAGCGGAGCGGCUGGUCUCACAACAGGAGGCCUUGGAAUUGUUUCGGCAGCAGCUUCUGAAGCAUGGCACCUAUCUGCUGAAGAACAACCGGCAGAUUUCAAAGGAGGAGUUCACUCAAGCCUUGGAGGACAGCAACAUCAAGGCCUUGCUCCGGAUCCUGGACCUUGGCCCUGAGGAUUUCAAGGCCUUGGCUGCUGCCUUUGAGGAGGAUGGGAAUGUGGAGAUCGAUGGCAUCAUCGAGGCCAUUGGUAUCAUUGAGCUCCAGUCCUACUUCACUCGCAGCAUCGCCAACAGCGUCAAGAAAGACAAGGCGCGUACCGCGUUGAGACCGGUGGAUCUGCUCUUCUUCACGGUGAGUUUGCGGCAACUGGAGACCUCCAUGGUGAAAAUUGAACGCAGUGGCCGGAAUCUCUGUGCCUUUGCCUACGAUGUCCUCAGUGUGCUGUACACCAGAGCCGAAAAUUCAUUUACACUUCUGCGGCUCAACAACGACGUGAAAUGGGCACCACCCGGAUUGAAAUCUGAAGUAGCGGUGUCAUCGCUGGACGUGCGGAAGAUGGAAGAGACGGCAAACCAGUUCAAUCUAGAUUCAGAGGAACAACAGCUGGUCAUGCCGAUUGAUGUGCUCUUUGGGAGUAUGAUCGUGAUCAACGGAGCUUUCGUUGGUAUACAGGCAACACAGAAUGACGACAACACCCUGAUAUAUUGGAUUGACCUGGGCUUCACUAUUAUAUUUACCAUUGAGUUCAUUCUACGCGGCAUCUUGCAAGCUGGAUUGAACUAUGUUCAUCAACCCGAGGAUACCGACACGGAUUUCAACUUUUUCGAGCAAGCCAACCGGAGAGUGAGUCGUUUUUCCAGCUUGAGGUCCAGAAUGAGGUGCUGGAUUUUUCCUCCCUGUCCAACGGGUGGAGUUCGGAGCGUCUUGGCGGCCAUGUGCCUUAGUCUCAAGGAGUUUUCGGUCCUCUUUGAUUUCGUGAUCAUCGUACUCUCCUUGUUGGAUUCACUGGUGAUCGUCCAACUUCGCAACGCUGGGGUACUGAACCUGGAUACCUCUGCCCUUUCAGUGUUGCGCGCCUUUCGUCUCUUCCGACUGGCCAAACUCUUGCGGGUCUUCAAACUGUUUCCUCAGCUGCAGAAGAUGGUCUUUGCCCUUAUAGAGACCUGGCGUCAGGUGUGCUGGGCACUGGUUCUGAUUCUGCUGGUAUUGUAUGCCUUUUCCAUUUAUGCCGUGACCAUCGUGGGGAACGACGCCGAGCCCGGCUCGCCCCUGAAGAAAUACUUCGGGGACUUGCGGAGUGCCCUACUGACAGGUUGGCAGGUAACGACCUUCGAUCAUUGGGGUGAUGUCUUGACCGUCUCCAAAAGCAACCUGCUGAAUCUGGUGGUGCUUCUAUUGCUGGCCGUGGUCCUUGGGUUGGGUUUGAUGAACAUGGUCAUCGGCGUCCUUUGCGAAAGCGCCCUCGGGUUGCAGGCCAAGGAUGAGGCGGAACUUCAGAGGGGGGAUCUCAUCACCUUCCUAACCGCAACGAAGAACCUGCAGGAGGCCUGUGGAAAAGAAUUUGGAGAACAACUUCUCUACGCCAAUAUGCUUGAGAGAACCACUGGCUUGAAGAUGCAUUCCAAGCUGCAACCAGGCUCCGAAGCCAUCGAGCGCUUCGGCUCGCAAAGAACUCUGUCGCAUCCAUCAGUCAGCGCGCAGAAUGGCCAGUCUGUUCAAGCAUUUCAGAAGAAGCUAGAGGAGGCCUUUGAAAAAGCAGGCCUGCACAGACUGCUGGUGAAGAGAAUUUUCGACAAGGUGGACCAUGGAAGGCUUGGAUACAUGACAGUGGACGAUUUGACCAAAGGAGCCCUGGUCGUCAAAGAGGACCUGGCGAAGGUGGAAUUGUAUGGCUGCAUGGCAGCCCUCCGCGAUGUCAGAGCCAAGUGUGUCAAGAUGAACGAGUGCAUCAUGAAGGUUCAUGUCUCCAUGCAACGAGUGCUGGAAGAAAUGUGCGCAGUAAUUCAUCGGCGAUACCAGAAGGAAAUGCUGGGAAGCAGCCCAGCACCCAAUCCAACAGACUAUGACGCCAGCAACUUAUGUCCAGAAGCAGAGCAGGCCCUCAUCGAAAUGUGCAAAUGGUUUGGUGAAGGGAGUCUCCCUCACAUUGUGGGGAUGGGUUCAUUACGCGUGAGCACUGGCACAGGCAAAGUGACAGUACUGGGCGACGAAGUGGUUGGAUCCGGCACCGCUUUUCGUACGGAAGUCCAGGUUGGAGAUAUCAUUCUCAUUGAGCCCAUGGUGGUCCAAAAGAGCGGCGAUGCGGCGGCCAAGAAGACUCUGGCGUUGGCAGUUGCCGUGGUGCUGUCGCAAAGCAGACUGAAGAUUGCAGGGUUUAUGCUCUCGGAAGCUGUACCUGACUACGUGACUUUUGUGAUUGCACGUGCUGGUAGUCCACAGGAGGAAGCAGAACCAGCCAGAGCUCCCUUCAGUGGGACAACGGCAUCAGUUCCCAAGCACAUGUCCCCACGCAGUGCGCAACAUCUCUUCGAAUGGGAUUUGCAAACACAAAGACGAGACGUGGUAAAUUUGCGUGAGGCAGAGGCGGAAAACCUUAGAUUGCAAAAGUUAAAGAAAGAAGCCGACGCUGAGCUGGAAAUGGUUCUCCAACGGCCCUUAAUGAUAAUGUGUUUGCAGGCUUGGAAGUCGCAGAUUAAGCCCAGACAGAAAACGGUUUCACUUUUGUGGUAGGCAGUUGCAGGCAACACCAAAGCAUGGCCGCAGCUGACAAUCGGGCCAAUGUGCCGCGAUGUUUGGUACAGACAGGUUCUCGUUUCACAGGCCACAUGCCUCUCCGUAGAAAUGGUAAGGACAAAAAUAA